AUGGACAUCUUCAAUCGCUCCGAAUACAUCUCUUACGACUUCCAGUGGACUUCGUUGACAUUUCCCAACAUAACUGUUCUAGUUGGUCCAUUUUAUCUUCUUCCUACAUUUUAUAUUGUUGGAAAAAUGGCAAAAAUUUUCUAUGAAACCGGUCGGAUGAGUUCUAUUUCCAUACAGAAACAUCUGUUUUUGGCAUUUUUAUUGAUGCAGAUUGCGAAUUUUUCCUACAUUCUCACUGACUUUUUGGUUCUUCGUAUUCCAGCUACUGGUAUUUUAACUUCAAUUUGUGCUCAGACUGAACCAAAUCAACUUCUGAAAAUCCCAUAUCUGGUUGCUUUUAUUUCCAGUUAUUUAUCCAUGUUGUUUCCAGUCAUUUUCUGUGCAAACCGUGCUAUUAUUGUGUUUUUCCCGAAGAAUCAUGAUGAGAUUUGCACUCGUUUCAUGAAAAUCUCCCUCCCAGCUACAGUAAUCCUUCCAUGUUGUUUCACAUUUUUCAUGGUUCCAGCAGUGGGUCAUUGUACUCAACUAACUGCACCAUAUCCAAUGGGUGCCGUCAUGUUCACAUUGGAUCUGAAAGUGCCAAUAAACGAGUACACUCACUUGAUCACCUCAUUUCUAUGCACGUUGUUCACUUUUACUAUCAAUGUUACAAUGUUGAUCAAAGUCAGACACAUCUUAUUCUAUAAAAAAUCUUUAAACCGAAAUGUGAACAAAAACUACAAAGCUGAGUUAUCUCUAACCAUCACUAUGAUUUCCCUAUUCGUUCCGUUUCUGAUCAACGGGAUCAUUGCCGUGCUCUCUCUUCGAAAUCCAUCUUUAAUCGGGUACAUUCUGUCGAUUCGCCCAAUCGCUAUAGACACAGCUACAGUAUUCGAGCCAUGGGCAUUCUAUCUUACUCAUCCGAUGUUUGGAAAAUACAAAAGAAAGACUACAGUAUCCAGUUCACCAAUUGCAAUGGUUGUAUCGUCAUCGAUUAUUAGCAGAUAA